UUAAUGAAGAUGGCGGCUGUUUCUAAUGUGCGAUUUUCAGCAGAAGAAAAAUUACAUCAAGAAGACAUAUACAACAGCGCCGUUCAACAGCCACCUUCCUCCUUAACAAAAGUUGAAGAGGCAAUUUUCGCAGUAGCAAGUGACAUGCAAUGCGAAAAUGUGGAAAUUGUCUCAAAGCGGUGUGUUGGGCAAGUGCAAGCUAUGCGUCAACUUGCAGAGGUCAACUUCGACACACAACAAUAGUUCGCUGAGAUUGAUGGGACUUUCUAUCAAUCCAGCUAAGCUCUUAAAGGAGGAGUCACGAAUUUGGCUAAUGGGGAUUCGUCCACGACUUGGUGGCAAAAAAAGAAUCAGAAACCCAUAUUAUGGGGAAAUUACGAGGGUUACUCCGCAUGCUUUUUUUGCUACCAUGAUGCGUACUGUUCGCACUUUGGAUAGUUUUGUGGCUCCUUUCUGUUACCAGGUUAAAAACAAGAAGGCUGAGGUGAUAUCCUUCACCUCCAUGCGCCUUUUGAAUGAGUUGCUUGUUUUGUUGUCUGGCUUGUCCAAGGAAGAUGUUGCUGCUUACCUAAGGCGAAGUUUUAGCGGACGUCGCAAGGGUCAAACAGCAGCAGUUAUUGUAAACGAGAAUGAUUGCUAUAAGCAAUUACAGGGAGACAGUUCUCUGUACUGAGCAGGAAAUUUUCAUUGCGGCUCGACACGCCAUGUCCAAUGUAUAGAAAACUUACCAGCCAAGAGCAUGCUGAAU